CAAUGUGCAAGACUACGGUGAAGAUCAUGUAUGGAGUGAAUAGCACAUUGGGGGGCAAGCGGCGGGAGGUGUGCCGUCGACCUGCGCAGAGAACAAUGUAAUAUAACGGUUGGUUUGUGCGCAGCACGGUGUGCGCAGACGCGUAUCGAGAAGCGAGACAGCUCGAACCCCUUAUCCGGAAAAUACUGGCUGGUGCUUCAGAGCGCUUCAAAAGUGUUGGUAGUUUUCAACUACCAGAGGAAGUAGUGGUGGUGGUGGUGGCUGUAGUGAUGCGGCCCCUGACACAACGGGUGGUGAGCGUGACCUACCUGUAUGCCAAGAAUCAAGUGAUGGUGUUGCGGCAGGAGCAAGGAAACAACUGACGGCGCAAGAGGGGCAGAAAUAUGAUGAAAUUUAUUGUGACCCGCCUUCAAGACGCGACGCUAUGGCGUGGUGGUGGAAGGAAAUUAAGUCAUGUGAGAAGGAUAGGAGCAGCAAUGGCCACAUCGACACUGUACCAGAGUUCGCCUCUAGGCUCACCUUCCGGCAGUCCCAGGUCCUGCCUUUACCUCUCGCGGCCCAAGGCUGACUGGCGUGCCAGCUUCACCAAGCCAGAGCCCCAUAAAGGGUCACCAACUUUGCCACUCAUUCUUCGCCAUCAUGAUGGAGUGUGGCUGUCCAGCACCAGCAGCACCUUCAGCUCCAACAAAGGACCCAGUUCACAGCCACGACCUGAGACGCAGUCUGCUCCACCAAAGGAAGCUAAUGAUGACAGAACCUUUCUUCCCAGAACCAAGCUGAAUUUGAACCCUGUGUCCAAGGUACUACGAUGCCACGUGUGUCAGACCACCACCAAAGAACAGUACUUUCAUCAUCAUCUCUUUUUUGGGAUGGUGCAUUGUGAUUUGUGUGAUUUGGUCUGUGUUGACUGCCGCACUUUUGCUCAGCUUACGGUAGGUGUUAGUAAAGACCAAAGCUCCUGUCAACACAGUUUUUCGUUUAGUGAAGAUCCUUAUCAAUAUUUGCUGCCUCGUCUUUGUGGUGGUGACGAACUGGAAGUGUGCAGAUCCAACAAGUUGCGGUUUUUGCAGCACUAUAUUAAUCAGAUGAUAAACGUGCAGCUACAGGAGCCCUGGUGCACUGCUAUCAGGCAGUGUAAGAGUCGUUUGCUCAAGUUCCAUACAGCAACACCGCCAGAACCUUCAAAGAACAUUGAGCUCCCAAAGGAUUCCUGCGAUACAAACACAAACCUUCUUGGUGUUAAGGACAGCAGAAAUGGCAGUCCAGCUUCAUCAACUGAGAAUAAUGAGUGGGACAAAAGUUCAAGAGUGGAGCCAGAGAGGACUCCAUCCCCAACCACAAUGCAGCCAAAGUCCCCAGAAAAGAAUGUGGACGAUGGCCUCCUGCUGUCACAGACAUACGACUUGGAGCACCUCGAGCAGGCAGUGGAGUAUGUGGAAGUGGACAAACAGUGGAAGUUAGAUGGCGUGAAGGAUGUACAAAGCAAACCUAAAAAGCGGCGCAAGGUGAGUCAUUACAAGAAGCUGAAGGGCCACAGAUUAACAGCUCCACAAAGGAAGCGGCGGCCACCAGCUUUACCAGAGGAGGAAGUGAAUGAGGAGGAUGAAUCCGACCUGGUGAUGGAAGAAGUGGCGCUACCCCAGAACGGGUAUUAUCUGAUGGUGCAGGAGGCUAUGGAGGAGUGUCCCAUGUGUUACACUUCCCUUUCCCCGAAUCUCUGUUCUGUCAACCUUAAGACAUUCCUCUUUACUGUGUCUUGCCCGCAAUGUAGCCUCCUCAUCUUUAUUGUCCCCGACUUGCCUGGUGGCCUUCAAAUUGUCAUAGAUAGUAAGGGUGGUAAUGCCAUAAAAGAAACGAAGCAAAGUAAUCACCGAAAACUUAGAAGAAUUCAGCCAAGGGACUUCUUUGCCAAGUAAACUAGCAACUCAGUCGCUCGUACUAGAAGAGUGCCCAGAACACCUGUUACUCGUAUCUUCAUGCUGCUGGAAUAAAUUUUUAUACUUUUUUGUAA